GGGACUGCGCACGCGCGGUAGGUCUGUGUGGGUGGGGGAGGCUCUGGCACGAGGCGCGAUGACAGUUGGGGCUGAGGCUGAGGCGCCGCCAUGUUGGCUUAUGGCGUGUUAGUUUUUGUCGCCGUUGUGUGGCCGGGGGUCAGGGCUCCGGGGGCGGGUUUGGGCGGCGCCCUUUGGCCUUCCCCCACCGCCGUCGUCCAUCCGGUUUUGGAGACAGACAGCGGCCAUUCCACCCGCCACCGGCUCUCAGCGGGAGAUGGUUUCCAGUGGCUCAGAGAACUGCAUCGGUAUCAUGGAGUCAUAUUCCCAUCCAUCAUAACCAGGAAACAAAAGUGGAGCAUGCACCUGUUACAGCAGAAUGGCAGUGCUGGUGAGCUUCUGGUUUCUGUGGAAACAGAAGAAAAGCAGCUAAUCCUGGAGCUCAGAAGAAACGAAAUCCUCAUAUCAAAAGGCUUUCAAGUGUCGUAUUAUGAUUCAAAUGGAACUUUACUGACAGAACAGAGCAGUGACCUGAGUAAUUGUUACUACGAAGGAACAGUAAGAGGAAUUCUUGGAUCCCGGGUUGCUGCAAGUACAUGUGUAGGACUCAGUGCUCUCAUUCUGCUCACAAACCAGAGUUACGUUAUUGAGCACCUCGAGGAAGAUGAACAAGGGCGCCACCUGAUGUAUAAACCUGAACAACUCAAAUCAAAAGAGCGCAGAUGUAGCCUCAGACACUCAUUCCCUGAGGUGGCCAAAAACUCUAUUGAGCAUUCACAUCGGCUAAAAAGGAGUCUGAGCACAGAGGUGAAGCACAUUGAGCUGGUGCUAGUUGCCGACAAUGCAGAGUAUCGCAGUGCAUUUCACAGCAAACGAAAAGUUAUCAAUCGCUUGGUCAAUGCUGCUAAUUACGUAGAUUUGUUUUACAGACCGCUAUCCAUCCGAAUCGCACUGAUUGGAGUAGAGGUUUGGACAGUAGAUCAGAUCCCUGUUGAUACAAACGCUCUGGGAAUACUCAAACGCUUCCUCCAGUGGAGAAAGUUCAACCUUCUGCCCAGACUGUACAACGACAAUGCUCAGCUAGUCAUGGGAAAUACAUAUGGAAAUGUCACAGAACAACCAGCUCAGUUCAGCUCCAUGUGCUCGUCGGAUUACUCGGGAGGUAUUGCUUUGGACAAUACAGCUGACAGUUUAGGGAUUGCUUCUAAUUUAGCCCAUGAAAUUGGACACAAUUUAGGAAUGGGCCACGACUCCCCAGCUCCCCUCUGUGUUUGUGCAGACAGGAAAGCAGGCUGCAUCAUGGCUGAAAUCCAAGGUCUUCAACCACCACAAGUUUUCAGCAGCUGCAGCAGAGAUAGUCUGCAGCGCAGCCUGGCUCGAGGUGUUGGGAUGUGCCUGUUUAACCUGCCGGACCCUGAAUUGCUGGUGCGAGGAAAAUGUGGAAACUUAUAUGUGGAUCCAGGGGAAGAGUGUGACUGUGGAAAGCCUGAGGAAUGUACCGAUCCCUGCUGUGUGGCAGCUAUUUGUCAGCUCUGGCCUGGGGCAAAAUGUGCCUCAAAUGACGUGUGCUGUAAAAACUGCAAAUUUGUGAAAGCUCGCAGAGUGUGCAGGGAGCCAAUCAGCGAGUGUGAUUUCCCCGAGUAUUGCACUGGAACCUCGGCCCACUGUCCCACCAACCAGUACAAAAAGAACUUUUAUCCGUGCGACAACGGAAAUGCUUACUGCUACAAUGGAGCCUGCCGCACACUGCAAAGCCAGUGCAGGGAUAUCUGGGGACCUAAUGCUACUCCCAGUCCCCUCAUUUGCUACUGGUACAUGAACAAAUUAGGAAACAAGUUUGGAAACUGUGGGCGAAAGGAUGAUGGUUCCUUUGUGAGCUGCCCAAUAAAAGAUGUGAAAUGUGGCAAACUUCAGUGCAGUAAAAGAGGAGCAUCACUAAUUCUUGGGGGAAGAUCAGUAUCCGUGGUAUCUCGUUUUUCUAAUACAGGCAAGAACUUUCAGUGCCAUGGAACCUAUUUCAUGGGCGACAUUGAAGGCAUUGAUAUGGUGGCAUCUGGUACACCUUGCGGUUCAGCAAAGGUGUGCUUCAAAGGUAUGUGUCGCAAUGUCAGGGUGUUCAGUGUGAACAAGUGCCAUGCUUACUGCAGCGGCCAUGGGGUGUGUAACAACAAUGACCGGUGUCACUGUGAUCCUGGCUGGGCUCUGCCUAACUGCACCUUAGAGGGAUCAGGCAGCAAUGGGUUCCUGUUCCCUGAGUGGCCAGCAGAAGAGUUAAGAACUGAUCCUUCAGAAGUGAUAUCCAGAACAUCAGCUACAACAGAAAUCAAUCAUAAAGCACCCAUUACCAGGCUGGGAGAUGACAGGAGAGCUGACACAACUACACCAGAGCUAGCUGUAACAGGGAACACUUCAGAUUCUGAACAUGAUUUGAUCGUAAGGAAACAUCCCAGGACAACUGCUGCUGCAGAUAUAACCACAUUUGGACCUCGUGUUAUUUUCAAAGGAACUGUGGGACAUUUUGAAAAAACAACACCCAGCCUAGUCCGAGCGUUCAAGUUUGCGAACCGUUUGUCUGCCAGCAGUACGGCUGAGCCAGCACCCACACUGAAGAAUAACUCAAAGAUGAAAGCAGUUCCUCACAGAAUGUUGGUUACCUGUGCCCACACAGGUACCCCCAUCUGGCUCAUGGUAAUCCUGGUGUUCAUCCUCCUGUUGUUGAUUGUGGCCUUUUUGACGUUAAUCUUCUUCCUGAAGAAAGGAGAUCAUAUGAAUGACAACACGUCAAAUCAUUCCACAGCCAGUGAGAAUGAUCCUAGUGUCAGUUCCUGCAGUUCCUUACACCAUUUCCCAUCCACUAGCAUCUGCGAUACCUCAUCCACACAUGUGAGUGACUGGGAUUUGCAGCUGCGGAACCAGUGAUUGGGUCCCAGUGAACGGCAGGCAGUGAGUCCUGGACUAUGGAGACCAUAUGCGGAGGGUAUGUCUGAAUCGUUCAGUGGUGGGUGAUUUCUAACUGCCAGGUGUGGGAACCACAGGGAGUAGUACCCCAGGUCACUGCUGGUGACAACUUUCCUGACUCAU